UAUAUAUUGGAGAUAAAAAUAUUUUAUAUUAAUAAGAUAUUAUUUUUUUUUGCUUAACUAUAUUAAUCUUAAUUAUAUUAAAAGUAAAUUUAAUUUUAAUGAAAUUGUAUUUAUACUUUCUACAAUAUGAAUACUAGUUGUACAAAUGAAGUUUUGACUGAAGAAAAGAUUUUAAGAAGAUCACCAAGAUUUCUUCCCGCUAGUCACGAGGAAAAUAUAGAAAAAGAAUUGACUAUAGAAAAAGAACCUGAUAUUCAGUCUUUAUCAUCAAUUGUGUUUAAAGGAAAAAUUAAUUAUGCUAAUAAUUUUUAUGAUUGUGCCAAGAUUUGUGACGAUAUUAUACAGCAGGUUGAAAACCAUAAAGAUGAUAUUGUACCAAUAGGUUUUGAUUUAGAAUGGCCAUUUAGUUUUCAAACAGGAAGUGGAAAAACUGCAUUAGCACAAAUUUGUCUUAAUAAAUCUGUUUGUCAUCUCUUGCAUAUAUAUUAUUUAGAUAAAUUACCAGCAGCUUUUGUUAUACUCUUGAGCCAUCCAAAAGUAAAGCUUGUAGGUGUUAAUGUUAAGAACGAUGUUUGGAAACUUGGUAGAGAUUUUACACAUUUCCCAGCAGGAAAAGUUGUUGAGGAAAAUUGUAUUGAUUGUGGUACAUAUGCAAAUAGGGUUCUAAAUCGUUCUUGUCGUUGGAGUUUAGAGAAAUUAACUGCUUAUUUGCUGAAAAAGAAAAUUUGUAAAAAUCCUGAAGUAAGAAGAAGUAAAUGGCAUAUUCAACCUUUGAGCAAAGCACAAAAAAUAUAUGCAGCAACAGAUGCUUAUGUAUCAUUACUUACUUAUUUAACAAUUCAAGAGAAGUUUUAUGAAAAAGAAAUGUUGGCAAGUUAAGCAAUGAAAAAAAUAAAACCUUAUUGAAGGAUAUGUAUGGAUAAAAUU